AUGUUGAAGCCUCUUUUCCAGAAUAGGGCGCUGUUUAGCUCUCGCUCCGCUGCAAACCAGUUCUUUCGGUCUAUAUCUUCAAAGCAAUGGCAGACCAGGCAAAACAAAGAUACCUACGCCAAGGAGGCAGGAAUGCAGGGACUGAAGAGUCGAGCUGCCUUUAAGCUAUUACAGAUCAAUGAUAGGUAUAGGUUGUUCAAAAGUGGCCAAACGGUGGUUGAUCUUGGAUACGCUCCGGGCUCCUGGUCUCAGGUGGCUGCAGAUCUCACAAAACCUCGCGGACGGAUCGUCGGAGUCGAUAUAAUUCCCGCGCAACCCCCGAGAGGAGUGUCUACUAUCCAGGGGAACUUCCUAUCUCCCCGGGUACAGCAGUUUGUGAAGGAUUUUGUCCGAGAUCCAGACCGGGGUCGACCACGGUCACAGUUAUCUCCCUCCAAAAACGAUGAAGAGCCGGCUCCGAUCCCGAACCCAGACAUGGAGGGUAACGGGGGCUAUAUUGAUUUAGAAAGAAGCUCUAGCGCCAAUAUAGCUAAGGAAGGAGAAGAAAAUAAACAGACACCAAGGAAGGCCAAAGUGGGAUCUGUCGACGUGGUUCUUAGUGACAUGUUGAUGAAUACAAGCGGCACGAAAUCUCGCGACCAUCUGGGCAGUAUGGAACUAUGUAAGGCCGCGCUCAAUUUCGCCUCUAACGUCUUAAAAGAAGGGGGCCAUUUCGUGUGCAAAUACUAUCAGGGACCCGAGGAGAAGGAAUUCGAAAACGAAUUGAAACGGCUGUUCUAUCGGGUAUACCGUGAGAAACCGGAGUCUUCACGCAGCGAAUCCAAAGAAGCGUACUUCAUCGGUAUACGAAGAAGAAGCGAAAAGCAGCAAAAAGAUUAG